GUUUUGCUGGCGCAGCCGCCAAGUUGCCGCGGCCAAUGUCUGACGAAGAAGUCGCCCAUCCUUUGUGGGACGAGACAGACAUAUUCCGAGGCGAGCCCCCCGUCCCACCGACCCAUCGCUCUCCGAGCCCCAGCCUGAAAUCGAUUGCAUCCAAGGCAUCUCUAUCCAGUUCUCACUUUGGCGGAGGACGUUUGGGCGCUAUUGCAGCGGUCGUCGAGCUUGCAAUCAGCCGCUGGGCCGGUAAUGAGGGCUCCACAGUGUCGUCAGCCCCGACUCACUCCACACGCCGCACCCGUCCUGCCCGGAGCCAAUCCGAACGCCGUAUCUCGCGGCGCAUUCUCCAACUCCAAGCUAGAGAGGAAUCAAGACAGAUACCCCGCCAGUUCGAAUUAUACCUGCCCCCCUCGCUCGCGCCGACCAAUGACGCCUCGGAGCGCGCUUUCCGCACAUCUUCGCUGGACGCCAUUCUUAGCCAGCUGGAUAUCACGUUGAAGAAGUCAACCAGGUUCAAGCGUCGACAACUGGAACGGGACCGGCCCACGAAGCUAGAAGCGGAGCCGACCCGGCCUCAUCUGCAUUACAUGCUUCCUGCCAUCUCCCAAGCCCCGAGUCGCGCUGCCUCCUUCACGGACUUGGAGGCUUUAGCCACGAAAGGAAAACAGAAAGUGGCGCGGACACUUGCUCCCGUGGCUGGCGCCUCUACGGCUUGGUUUCUGGACGUUGCCUCUCCCACGUGGGAGGACAUGCACUCCAUCGGAAAAUUGCUUCAUCUCCACCCUUUGACGCUGGAAGACAUCCUGAUGAAAGAUCCGCGCGAGAAAUUAGAGCAUUUUCCCAAGUUGGGCUAUUAUUUCUUGUCUUUCCGCGCUAUCGAAAGCUGGGACAAGCGGCAACAGUUCUGGGACCACGACGGCGACGAAACGGUGUCCGAAUUCAACAUUUAUCUGAUUGUGUUCAAUGAGGGCGUGUGCUGCUUCCACUUUUCGGAUAUUGCCAGCCAUCUUGAUCGGGUCAGGAAUCGCCUGGUCGUAUUCGAGCAGAUGGUCAACAUGAGCUCGGAUUGGAUUGCCCAUGGAAUCUUGGACUCGGUCGUCGACUCGUUCUUCCCCUUUCUACAAGGACUAGAGCGAGAAGUGAUGGCAAUUGAAAGCCUGGUCUUUGAGGCUAGCGAUUCCGGCUCUCGUAACUCCGAAACGACUCGGGUACCAACUGAGAAAGCCGAAACCGAAGUGCCUCAGGACGAAAAAGGUUCAAUUCAGCCUUGGGGAGAAGAACUCACGGAAAAGAACAUUGCGCGUCUCAAUUCGAAGCGGGCGAAGUCUUCUCUAUUGCCGUCCUUCUCGUUAUCCUGGCGCCGGACCUCAUUGUCGCGGGCAUCACAUCCCCCAAGCCCCACCGCUUUGACCCUCAAGCGAAUGGCUCAAGCGCGCCGUAUGGUCACGUCCUUGGCCAGACUACUAGCCGCCAAAGGCGAGGUUGUGGCCCAGCUUCGCAAACGGCUACUCACAGGAUCCGAGGCCGGUGACCGGGUCGAGGUUGCCAUCUAUCUUGGUGAUGUCCAGGAUCACAUUCUGACACUGGAGACCUCGCUCGGCCACUACGAACGAAUGCUCAGCCAAUCGCACCCUACGUACAUAUCACAUCUCCGGACGAUUGUGACAGUUACCAAGCGCGAGAGCGACAUAGCAGUCAUGUUUCUGUCGUGCAUCAGUUUGGGCGUCCUCUGUGUCCAAACUCUGAUCGGGCUUUGUUCAGUCAAUGUUCUGAUCCCAAGAAAUGCGCUGGACGGACAUAAAUACAACGGAUUUUGCAUCGUGUUGGCCUUGGCUGUGGUUAUUCUCACAUCCUAUGUGAAUCUGGUCCGAUACUGGUGGAGAACUUCGAAGCGGAGAAGGUCUGCACCUCUGUGACACUGAUAUGGCGUGGAUAGAAAUUAUAAUAAGUAACUAAUCGAAGGGGUUCGGUGCGUUCUUACUACUGAUGCGAAAUGGAUACCUUGUCUGGGAGUAUCAGUCACUUGUCCUUGAGCUGCUCGCCGGAUCAUCGUCUCGGACGUGGCGAUCACCACGGGUCCAGCCGCCACUGCCCACCAUCGCCGAUUUAAAAGCCUUCCUUUCGGACGCCGGUUCAGUCCUGCUCACAUAAGUACCCGCGCCAGUCCAUCAUACUCAUAGUCGAGGAUCGACAGGUCGAUGCUGUCCGGCUCUGUAGUUAUGUAGUGCAAGUCCAAACCUUAUUAUUUCCACUUGGACUGUCUACUUGACUGAGUUCUAUCGUAACAUCAUUCAAAAAUAUCGAAAUCCAGCCCCCAAGUUUUGCUAGGAUUGAGCCGUGCCGCAGGCGGAUGCGAGACCGCGGCCUUUUCGAGUUUCUCGAACAAGGCAGGUGGCAACGCUUUCACUGAUCGGCCUUUCAGUCAGAAGCAUUAUCCGGGGACGUUGUUUCACAACGCACCUUGCAGAUUCUCGACGAUUCGCGACGGUGUCACACUCUUGGGUAAAACGAUGACCUGGUGCAUGACUACAUCAGCCGGCGGCAAGGCAAGACGACAGGGAACCGACUGACACCGCGCUGGACGUGCCAUGAGAUGAUGACCUGGGCGGGGGUCAUCCCGAGCUCGUCCGCAAUCUCCUUCACCACAGGCAUAUUCAGGGUCUCGCCUACGCGGCCAUCGCCACCUAAUGGCGAGUACGCUUCAAGGAGGAGACCAUUGUCCUUGGACCAUUGCAAGAGCUCCGGCUGCGGGAACAGGUAGCUGAUUUCGACCUGGCCGUGGUCAAUCCGUCGCUAUGAUGCAGAUAGACAGAUGCUGACUGACC